AUGAAUAGAAUCACAUUUUGGAGUAACCAUAGGUAUUCUGAGCCUAGUGACGGUGUAUACCGCGAAAUAUAUAAUCUAUCGCAAUUAGAGGACUGCAGGAGUAUACCGAAGCUUCUUGGGUACGCUAUUGAAAGACAGAACUCUAGCGAUGAACUACCAGGCGGGUACAUUGCAUAUAUUGUGAUGCAGAAGCAAUAUACCGAUCGAAUAAAGAAUGAUGUGUGUCUAGACGCAGUGAGACAUUUGGAGUACUGGGGUCUAAUUGAAGGAAAAUAUGAGGGAGUGUUGUUCUUUGAGAAGGAUAAACUAUUGGGGGACUUGAAAGUCCGACUAUACAGUGAGUAUUAG